CAGGAGCGAAAGCGGAAUGUGUUCAGUGAGUUCAGUCUCCGUUUAGAGAGAACAGAGAAGGAGGAAAAGUUAAAUAAACACCAAGAAAAAGAAGAAACGUUGAGGAGUACCAUGAGGGUUCUGAUGACUCAAGAAAAGAGAAGAAUCCAAAAGGUUGUCAAAUUUAUUUCUGCAGUUACACCUUGGCACCCCGGGGUGGAGAGACACAGUCAAUGCACACGAGAUGUCCAUUGAAGAUGCUCUAAAAAAGCUCCUUCUCCUGUUCCAUGUAUUUAACGCAUACAGAUAGCAGUCUCCACCUUCAACAGACACCUCCCAACAUUAUAAUAUAGCGAGAGAUGAGCUCAUCUUCAGAAACAGACCAUUACGCCCACUAAGAUUACAACUAGAUAAUAAAUGUAAUUAAACGAUUGUGGAUAAUAUAAACUUUCUAUCAAAGUUGGCUAUGAUUCCUUCCAACCUGUACACCUCAUUCAGUUUGUUAGACUUGUGUUCUCACAUGUGUUAUUAUAAUAUUUGUUUGUUUUUAUUAAUUUAUGUUGACAUUUUCUGUUGCACUAUUUUAUUGAAACUAUUGUCACUUUAUUUUAUAAUAAUCUGUUUUUGAUAAAAUGACAUUGUGUGGUCCAGGAACCAGCAGUGCCCAGGAUUCAAUCAUGAGGUCUGCACGCCUUGAGGUUACACUCAUCAUCUUAACCAGUACAUCACUGAGGAACCCUUCACACUUGAAGGUGCUUCUGGCGUGCUUUUAAGCCUACACUUUGAGAGCUGUGCCUAAAAGUUGCUAAAAUCAAACCAGAUUUGAACUCUGAACCUAACUUCACAAGGACAACCUCUUAACCUCUAAACCACUGCUCUGUUUAGGUGAUGUGAUGUGUUCGAUGUUGUAUUUAUAGUUUAUUUGGAAAAAAAACUCUUUAAGGUAUGGAGGACUUGAACCAACAACCUUACUUCGCAGCAGCCUCUUAUCUCGUUGAGCCACUGCUCUAGAUUAUGUUGAAAUAAAGACUGUGGGUUGGACCUGUUCUGUGAGUUUGUGGUUCCACCGCAUCAGGCUGAACUGGGUUCAUGUUCUGUCUAAAACCUGGUUCCAUAGAGAACUGAUGAGGUGUCUGUACCUGUCUGAGCCUGUUUGACUCCACCUGAGGAAUGUGGCUCCGGCUCUUUGUGAUGAAGGCUACAUGCUACCUGUGCAGCUCAGUGUGUUCACAGACACUUGACUUCAGGAGCAGAGAGUCCAGUGUCACUAAGUACUGACUACACAUACUGUGUUUGGACCAGUUCCUCUCAUUUAGUCAGGAAAGUCAAAGGUUUUAGGUCUAAACUGAGUUCAGAGCUGUGUGUAUCAGAGGAUUUCCACUGAACAAACACAGGAAGCUUCUCCACCUUGUUUCCAUCUUUAUUGCAUCUCACGUCACACGUCACACGUUGAGUCUGUAAAGUCAAGUGUGAAAUCUGAGUGUUCAACUCAGUGAGAUGAGACCAACAUCAUGACAAACAACCAUGAUGAACUCUAGAUGUGUAAACAUUCAUCCAGGAACUUGUUGUUCGUUCACAUGAUGCAGUUUAUGGAAAAGAGCAGAAACUGAACCAUUAGUGAUGUUAAACAAUGAGUCUGGUCUGUGUUCACACAGAGUUAUGAUCACACUAAUGAAGACUGGAGCUAAAAUCCUGCAGGAAAUGUGGAAUAAUGUCUUUGUCUAACUUCACUAUGUCACUCAUGGCCUUGAUGUGAAGCUCCUCAAUGCCUGAAGUCACUCAAAGUGACCGUAACACAGUUAUUUUACUUAAGAGUAUUUAUGUGCAGACAUAAUGAAAACAUAUUAAAAGGCAGCACAGACAGUGCAGGUUCAGCAGCUUGGUUCUACUUUUCCAUCCAUCGCUGUACAUCUGGUUCUGAAACACACACUAAUAGUAGAACUUCACCUGGACGACAAACAGACAGUCAGUUUAACAGCUUCAGUGAACAGGUUGAACUCCUCCUCUGCUUCUUCCCUCUGUGAUGGAGCUGCACUCCUACAGUACAAACUUGUAGUUAGAGGACGACCUCCCUACCAGCUGUGUUUAGAUGGAACCAUGACCUCUGCUGCCUUCUCCACCUGUACACAAUCUAAGAAGACACUUUCUCACAGCUACAGUAAUUGAACUCAUAACGCAUAUUUACUUAUUGUAUAAUCUUUUAUUUUACAGUUUCAAUACCCUGCUUAACUCGUUACCUGACACUGUAACUGAUGUAAACAUGAAAUACUGGAACAGCCAAAAAAAUGCUUUGUUGAAAAUCCUACUUUUUUCCUCUGAUUGAACAUAAAACAGCAUCUUUUAGGUAAAUAAAAUAACAUUGAGUUAAACAUUACAGUUUUAUUAGAUUCGUCCCAGCAGCAGCCAAGUUACUAAGAACAGAAUAUACGUAACAUAUUGGAAACAGUUUGGAUCUCUGUCAUCCUGUGGCUUUGCUGCUUUAUUACUCUGGUGAUUCUGAUCUCCUGGUUCUUUUUCUAACUUCGCCUGGUGUUUCACUAUGGGAAUCGCCUCGGCGUGACCAACCAUGGAAGCUCCAAUGACACAACGUCUGUCAGAGACAGACAGGCCGAGCCGGUUUCUUAUAAACUGAGAGGGGGCGGAGCCUCAGUGAUCACGUGAUCCAGGUAUACGAGCGAAACCGAAGGUUUUCAGUGAGUUCAUACUCCAUUUAGAGAGAACAGAGCAGACGGAGGAAAAGUUAAAUAAACACCAGAAGGAAGAGGAGUAAACGUUGAGGAGAAGAUGAGUUUUUGUGUGGAGGAAGAGGACGGAGCAGAGUCUCCAGGAUCCAGAUGUGUGUCUAUGAAGAAUGACUGGUCCAGAUGUGAACCUCCAUCAUUCAGUCCUGAACCUGGAGCCUCAGACACAAAAGUCCAGAACCAGAGACAAAAAGCAGAACCUCCAGGACCCAGCUGUCUGUCUAUGAAGAGUGACUGGUCCAAACCUGAGCCUCAGGUUAACUUCAGUAAUGAACCUGGAGCCUCAGACACAAAAGUGGACCAGCAGAGCUCAGAGGUUCCCAGUGCUCAGUCUGUCCAGCAGCACCAAACAAACAUGGACUCCAUAUUUAUGGUGCUGGAGGAAAACAUUGUCACGUUUGUGAAGAAGGAGCUGAAGAAGAUCCAGAAGGUUCUGAGUCCAGAUUACCCAGAAUGCUUAGAGAGUCAGAGGGAGGAUGAGGAGGAGAUGGAUGGUGAGGAUGAAGAGCAGAGGAGGAGCAGCAGAGACGCGUUUCUGAAGAUCACAGUGAACUUCCUGAGGAGGAUGAAGCAGGAGGAGCUGGCUGACUGUCUGCAGAAACCAAAUCCAAUGGUUCCAGUACCAGAGCCACAGCCCAUCACACAUUACCAGCAGAUGCUUCAAUCAAACCUCCAAUACCAGUUUGUGUGUGUCAAACCAGGCUGGUCAGAAGUUGACCAACGUCUGGAUGACAUCUACACAGAGCUGUACAUCACAGCUGGGCCAGAUUCACACAUCAACACACAGCAUGAGGUCCAACAGCUUGAGACGACACAGCAGAAGCAAAGAUCAGCAGAGGAGCCAGUGAAGCCCAGUGACCUGUUCAAACAUCCCCCUGGUAAAUACAGAUGCAUCAGAACAGUGUUGACCAAUGGAAUCGCUGGGAUUGGAAAAACAGUCCUUGUGAACAAGUUUGUGUUGGACUGGACCCAACAAAGGUCCAAUCAAGACGUGCAUCUGAUUUUCCCCUUCACCUUCCGUCGGCUGAAUCCACUGAAGGGACAGAAGUUUACUUUGUCAGAGCUCAUUCAUGAAUGUAUCCCAGAAACUGAGUCCAUCAGCCUGGAGGCUCUGAAUUACAUCUUUACACAUCUACAGUCAUCAGGAAACAGCAACUAUGACAAGAGCAGCUUCAAACUUCUGUUUGUGUUUGAUGGACUGGACGAGAGUCGCCUCCAACUGGACUGUAGCACCAGUGAGAAGGAGACGGGUCAACGUGACGUCACAGAGUCCACCUCAGUGGAUGAGCUGCUGACAAACCUCAUCAGAGGAAAACUACUACGCUCUGCUCGCAUCUGGAUCACCACACGGCCUGCAGCAGCCAAUCAGAUUCAUGGAGACUUUGUUGAGGUGGUGACGGAGGUCAGAGGGUUCACUGACCCACAGAAGGACGAGUACUUCAGGAAGAGGUUCAGAGAUGAGCAGCAGGCCACAACAAUCAUGUCCCACAUCAAGACGUCACGAAGCCUCCACAUCAUGUGCCACAUCCCAGUCUUCUGCUGGAUCACUGCUACGGUUCUGGAGGAUCUGCUGGAAACCAGAGAGGGAGGAGAGCUGCCCAAGACCCUGACAGAGAUGUACGCAGAGUUCCUGGGGUUUCAGAUGGAUCGGACUAAAGACAAGUACGGACCAGAACAGAGCAGCAACUACAUCAAGUCAUUAGCUAAACUGGCUUUUAAACAGCUGCAAAAGGGAAACUUGAUCUUCUAUGAGGAAGAUCUGAAAGAGAGCGGCAUCGAUGUCAGUGGAGCCUCAGUGUGUUCAGGAGUGUUCACAGAGAUCUUUAAACAGGAGCGAGGGAGGAAAACCAAGGACAAGAUGUUCAGCUUUGUUCAUCUGAGCGUUCAGGAGUUUCUGGCUGCUGUUCACAUGAUGCUCUGUUACAACAACAGGAAGAUGGAGGAACUGCAGAACUUCCUAGACACCUCCAAUGCUGCUUUGGAUGAUGUCCUGAGUAGAACCAUGAAGAAGUCCCUCCAGAGUCCAAGCGGCCACCUGGACCUGUUUGUUCGCUUCCUUCAUGGCCUCUGUCUGGAGUCCAACCAGAGAAUCUUAGGAGGUUUGCUGGGUCACACAGAGAUCAGUCCAGAAACCAUCCAGACAAUCAUCAACAACCUGAAGGAACUGAACGGUGAUAGAAUCUCUCCAGACAGAGGCAUCAACAUCUUCCACUGUUUGAUGGAGAUGAACGACCACUCAGUCCAUCAGCAGAUCCAACAGUUCCUGAAGUCAGAGAACAGAUCAGAGAAGGAACUCUCCUUGAUCCAGUGCUCAGCUCUGGCCUACAUGCUGCAGAUGUCAGAAGAGGUUCUGGAUGAGUUGGACCUGAACCAGUACAAAACAUCAGAGGAGGGACGACAGAGACUGAUCCCAGCUGUGAGGAACUGCAGAAAGGCUCAACUUUCUGGCUGUGGACUCACAAAGACUCACUGUGAAGUUGUGGCCUCAGCUCUGAAGUCCAACCCGUCACAUCUGACACAUCUGGACCUGAGUAACAACAACCUGCAGGACUCAGUGAAGGUUCUGUGUGCUGGACUGAAGAGUCCUCACUGUCGACUGGAGACUCUGAGAUUGAGUGGAUGCAGUUUGUCAGAGAUCAGCUGUGAUUCUCUGGCCUCAGCUCUGAAGUCCAACCCGUCACAUCUGACACAUCUGGACCUGAGUAACAGCAACCUGCAGGACUUAGUGCAGGUUCUGUGUGCUGAACUGAAGAGUCCUCACUGUCGACUGGAGACUCUGAGGCUGAGUGUGUGUGACCUGUCAGAGAGAAGCUGUGAAGCUCUGUCCUCAGUUCUCAGCUCUCAGUCCUCUAGUCUGAGAGAACUGGACCUGAGUAACAACAACCUGCAGGAUUCAGGAGUGAAGCUACUGUCUGCUGGACUGAAGAGUCCUCACUGUCGACUGGAGACUCUCAGCCCAACUUGCCACACCUGUGCUUCCCCUCUGCCUCACUUGAGAGAUUCCUGCAGCCCAGCGCUCGGUGCUGGAUCAUUAUCACCUCAUCACCCCAUGCUGGUAAUGUCAGGUUGGUUACUGCUUUGAACUGUUGAUGGGCUCGGUUGCCGGACGGUCACGCGUAGCUUGGCAUUUAAGAAGUGCAAAGGCAUCCAACUGGUGUUUCACGUUUUGCAGUAGCCUUCGUUGUUCAUGCCAUGCUUUAGUCUUGUCGUUCAGGCCAUGCGUUAGUCAAAUGUUGAUAUAACAUUUGCAUUUGAUAUAGACAAUCAUAACAUUUUAUUACAGAGAAUAGAACAUAGAAUUGAAAUUAAAGGUACAGCCUUGGGCUAGUUUAACUCCUAUUUAUUCGUGUUCAAGUUAAUGCGUCACGGUUUACACAAUGUUCCUGUUUUAUGUUGAAAGUACUUCCGUUUCUGGUCAUAUCAUGUUAGUUUCCGCUUAACUUCCGGUCCUCAGUUCACACACCUGUUUGCUAUCUGUAAUCACUCACCUGCAUUUAAGCACCCAUAGUCACCUGUACCAGUUGGCAGAUCGUUGCGUGUACUCACCACUAUCCAGCGUUGCCUUACCGUGCUUGCAUCCGACCUCAAGCCUGUUCCUGACCAUCGUUUCCUGAGUUCUGCCUGAUCCUUGUCUGUAAUCGUAGCCCUGUUUGUCUGGUAACGAUCUCGCUUGUUUUCGACCUGAUUCUGUCUUGCACCCAGUCUGUAUUGUCACCGAGCCUUACCGUGUAUGACCCUGCCUGAACUGACCUUGCCUGAGUAAGAAUAAAGACAGUUUUAUUUUACCCAACCCUGUCUGGAGCUGUGCAUGUGGGUCCGCCACCUUAAACGCACUUGACAAUGUGCAUGUUAUAUAUAUAUAUAUAUAUAUAUAUAUAUAUAUAUAUAAAUAAACUGAUUUGUUACUUCUA